GACAACGACAACAACAACAGAAUUGACGAAAGUCCAUACAAAUUAGAUAAAAGCGGUUAUCUCAAGUCCUGCAUUCGUAAUUGUCGCCUGAUAAUGAUUGGGAAUGGAUCGGGCACAAUUGGACGACGUUGGAUUCUGUCCCUGGUGUUAUUCCUGAUGUGUAUGGUGAUGUACAUCUUGUUUUCUCGCAUGAGUCUGCCGACAACUCUUAAGAUCAGUGGAGGGUCGUGGCUGCCGUACCGUGUGGGGAACUUUAAAGAUCAGAACUGGUUCCAAAGGACGUGUAUGAAAGGAGUUGUUCCACAAAGCCUGGAAGACUUUCCAUUAGUGAUACAAUCUUGGAGACAGACCCAGGACACUGACUGCAGGGACCUCUACUUAACGUUCAACAAACUGGUCAAGGUCAGAGUGGAGAAAGGGGAACUAACUCUUCCCAAACCUUUCGAAAAAAAGGUUUAUAAAUGGAUGGGAAACAAUGAGGAGUUGAUGAAAGAAGUUUUAUCACAAGAAGUAUUACUGAUUCGUAAUUUGUAUACAAUGGAAGAAAAUGCGUUCAAUCCGUUAAGAAAUAAACGACCAGUCUCCGAACCAGAUAUUCCGCUGCGGAAAUAUAUUGAAGAGUUACUGAACAAGACCAAAUCAGACUGUGAUUUCUGUAAGUACAGAGACUAUACAGCAUCGGAAAAAAAUGGACGAAUAGAAUCAACGUAUUCCUACACAGCAUCCAAUGCAUUUAAGCUUGACCGAUGGCAUGGUCUGGUGAACUUCAAAUCUCAUCACGCUGUUAACUGGACAAAAGCAGAAUUUAUUGACCUGAUGGACACAAUGACCCAAUGGUUUUCCCAGGUACACAAGUCAGACCCGGAGUACAGCCUUCCUUCUAUGGUCUGGGACCUGUUUCCAAAGGCAGGUGCAAGCCAGGUACAUCCACAUACCCACAGCUUUUUGGAUAGAGAGAGCUAUCAAGGUACAAUGGAGUUAUGGAGGGAAGGUGCCCUGCAAUAUAACCAAGACUUCCCGCAUAGAAACUUCUUCUAUGAUCUGAUAGAACUCCAUUCUAUCCUGGGUCUAACGGUGACAUACGGGAAAGCCGUGGCUUUCGCUAAUAUCGUUCCAAAGAAAGACAAUGAGAUUGUCAUAGUGAGUGAAAAGGCAGAUGAAGACUUUUUCAACAUGUGGUAUUUUAUACUCAGAGGAUAUCUAGAAGACAUGGGCGAUAUUGGACUGUGUUUUAGUUUGGGUGCUGCUUUUCCAAGUUUGACUGGAGAUGUCGGUAGCGGUUCUUUACCGGCCUAUGUCCGCAUAGUCACACGAGGUUUAGUCUCAGACAGUAGAUCGGAUGUUAGUUCUCUGGAAAUGUUCUUAUCUUCCAGUGCAAAUGCAGACCCGUAUAAUGUGAUCAAGGUGAUGAAGAAUUCAGUGCAAAAAAGAAGCCAUGGAAGAUAGCCCCUCCUUAUUAACAGCACCCUGUGCCUUGUUUCAUCACAGAUCAUUCUCUGAAAAGAUUCAUUUUAUUCACCUUCAUCAAAUCAAUGAUUAAUUUAUUUACAUUUCACAUUCACCAUAUAAGUGCCCUAUAAACUUGAUUCUGAAACAAUGCUCGCAGAUCGUCUAGCAGUAAAAGAACAAUAUGAGUGACAAAUCACAUUCCAGAUACAUGUUAGAGGGCUAUUUGUGUAAAUACCUUAAUGGUCAAGUGUAUGUGUUAGUGUGCAUGGUUGCCUCGGAAUUUGUAUGGACUGUAACGUUGUAAUUGUUAGAGUAAGUUAAAAAUAACUUUAUACCACCAAUGUACACCAUCAUGAGAUGACUUGUCGCAACUAACACCACUCUCCCAUCAUCAAAGGUCAAGGUCAUGCUAAGAUCAAAGGUCAACUUUUGCCUUAAACACCUUGUGGGUACUGAAUCAUUCAUCAUGCAAUGUCAAAAUAACUAGCCACAAAUGAGGAGAAAGCAUGUCACUUGUAACACAUGUCCUUCUAUCUCAAAGGUCAUGAUUAGACAUAGAGGUCAAAGAUCAAAUUGGGAAUAAAACAGCUAGUCAGAACUGUAAUUUUGCCAUUCAUCAUGCAUUUUUAAAAUAAUCAACCACAAAUGACCAUCAAGAGAACAGAGUGUCGCAUGUUACAUCUGUCUCCCUACCUAAAAGGUCAAGGUCAACCUUAUAUGUUAAAUUUGGCCAUACAACAGCUUGUUGAAAUUAAACUGUUACUGCAUUUUUUUUCCAUUCAAUUAACAAAUUAUUUACGACAAAUGUUCACCAUAUUACGACUGUAAUUCAUGUGUUAUAAGUGUCUACCUACCUCAAAAUAUAGGUCACACAUAAUAUGCUUUACGGAAAAGUUGUAAGUUUAUUUUUUGUAGUAAGUUUAUUUUUUGUAAAUUGUAUUUAUAAUAAUUAUGUAUUUAUACCCCCACAAACGAAGUUUAGGGGGGUAUAUAGGAGUGAGCUUGUCUGUCUGUCUGUCUGUCGGUUGGUCCGUAUUCAGUGUCCGCUCUCUAUUUCAAGUAGUUUUCAUCCGAUCUUCACCAAACUUGGUCAUAAGUUGUAUCUACAUGAUGUCUAGGCCAAGUUCGAACAUGGGCCUUGUCGGGUCAAAAACUAGGUCACGGGGUCACUUAGGGUGUUUUAAACAUUCAGCAUGUUGUCCACUCUCUAUUUCAAGUAGUUUUCAUCCGAUCUUCACCAAACUUGGUCAGAAGUUGUAUCUAGAUGAUCUUAAGGCCAAGUUUUAACAUGAGCCUUGCCGGGUCAAAAAAUAGGUCACGGGGUCACUUAGCGCGUUUUAAACAUUCAGCAUGUUGUCCGCUCUCUAAUUCAAGUAGUUUUCAUCCGAUCUUCACCAAACUUGGUCAGAAGUUGUAUCUAGAUGAUGUCAAUGCCAAGUUUGAACAUGGGCCUUGCUGGGUCAAAAACUAGGUCACGGGAUAACUUAGUACAUUUUACACAUUGAGCAUGGUGUCCGCUCUCUAUUUCAAGUAGUUAAAAUCCGAUCUUCACCACACUGGGUCAAAAGUUGUAACUAGAUGAUGUGUAGGUCAAGUUCGAACAUGGGCCAUGCCGGGUCAAAAACUAGGUCACGGGGUCACUUAGUGUGUUUUAAACCUCACCAUGUUGUCCGCUCUCUAAUUCAAGUAGUUUAUAUCCAAUGUUCACCAAAAUUGGUCAGAAGUUGUAUCUUGAUAAUGUCUAGAGCAAGUUUGAAUAUGGGUCAUGCCGGGUCCAAAACAAGGUCACAGGGCGUUUUAAACAUCACAAUGUUGUCUGCUCUCUAAUUCAAAUAGUUUUCAUCCGAUCUUCACCAAACUUGGUCAGAACUUGUAUCUAGAUGAUCUUAAGGCCAAGUUCGAACAUGGACCUUGCCGGGUCAAAAACUAGGUCACGGUGUCACUUAGUGCGUUAUAAACAUUCAGCAUGUUGUCCGCUCUCUAAUUCAAGUAGUUUUCAUCCGAUCUUCACCAAACUUGGUCAGAAGUUUUAUCUAGAUGAUCUUAAGGCCAAGUUCGAAUAGGGCCUUGCCGGGUCAUAAACUAGGUCAAUGGGGUCACUUAGUACGUUUUACACAUUGAGCAUGGUGUCUGCUCUCUAUUUCAAGUAGUUUAAAUCCGAUCUUCACCACACUUGGUCAGAAGUUGUAACUAGAUGAUGUGUAGGUCAAGUUCGAACAUGGGCCAUGCCGGGUCAAAAACUAGGUCACGGGGUCACUAAGUGUAUUUUAAACCUCGCCAUGUUGUCCGCUAUCUAAUUCAAGUAGUUUUUAUCCAAUCUUCACCAAAAUUGGUCAGAAGUUGUUUCUUGAUAAUGUCUAGAGCAAGUUUGAAUAUGGGUUAUGCCGGGUCAAAAACAAGGUCACGGGGUCACUUAGGGCGUUUUAAACAUCACAAUGCUGUCCGCUCUCUAAUUCAAGUAGAUUUCAUCCAAUCUUCACCAAACUUGUUCAGAAGUUGUAUCAAGAUGAUGUCUAGGUCAAGUUUGAAUAUGGGUCAUGCCGGGUAAAAAACUAGGUCACGGGGUAUCUUAGUGCAUUUUAAACCUCACCAUGUUGUCCGCUCUCUAAUUCAAGUAGUUUUCAUCCAAUGCUCACCAAACUUGGUCACAAGUUUUAUCUAAAUGAUCUCUAGGACAAGUUUGAACAUGGGCCAUUCCGGGCCUAAAACAAGGUCACGGGGUCACUUAGUGCGUUUUUUAACAUUCAGCAUGGUGUCCGUUCUCUAAUUCAAGUAGUUUACAUUCGAUCUUCACCAAACUUGGUCAGAAGUUUUAUGAAGAUGAUCUUAAGGCCCAGUUAGCACAUGGGCCUUUCUGGGUCAAAAACUAGGUCAAGUGGUCACUUAGUGUGUUUUAAAAAUUGAUGUCCGCUGUUUUUUGUGAAGACGACAUGCAAAAUAUUAUGUGUCAAUGCGGCAUGUGGGGGGGUAUUCGUCACGUCUGUGACAAAGCUCUUGUUUUAUUUGAAUAUUUAAAAUGUAUGUUAAAUGUUAAAAUGUAUUUUUAGAUAUGUAUUUAUAAACUUACACAAAACAUGUACAUGAAAUAUUCUGUCUAUUGAAUGCAUAUAUAUUAUAUUCUAUGGUACAAAUACAAUUUUGCACAUUAAAAUAUAUAUGUAGGUAUUACUCAUAUAUAGUCAUAUCCGUUAGUCUGCCAUAGUUACUCUUAAAAAAUCAUUACUAUUAUUCGUGUGAAAAAAAAAUUAAGUUUAUUUUAUGGGUGAACAGAUCCACAAAUUUAACACAAAAUAAUCAGAAAAUAACCCACACAAUUAAUUUUUUUCUAAGAUCAAAAUUUGCAAAUUAACAUGACCACAAAAUUCAGAUUGAACAAGAGAUUUGGCAGGUAUAGAAAUCAUCUCCCUUUAAAGCUUAUUACUUCCCUUGGAUUUUGUCCAAUCCAACCAGGGGGGGGGGGUCUGUAAUUCACAAAUUAGUACAGUAAAGAAAUGACAAUUAUAUUAAUAAAAAAAAACUUGACAAAUCAUUCAUUUGAGUUAUAAAUAAUCAAAAUAAAAAAUCUGUACAGUAACUGUGAAAAGAAGUUAAAUACUUAGUAAGAAAAUAUAUAAUAUGAGAUUUAUAAUUAUAUAAAUUACUUCCCUUGAAAAUAAUUGUCUCUAACAAAUCUCUAUUUUUAGUAGCAAAUAAUUAAAAGCCACUCUCUAUUUUUAGUAGCAAAUAAUUAAAAUUACCGUGACUGUAGAUUCACCACUCAAUUUGCAGCUCCAUGAGAUACACAUGCAUGCCAAAUAUCAAGUUGCUAUGUUCAAUAUUGAAUAAUUAUCUCCCUUUAAAGCUUAUUACUUCCCUUGAAUUUGUAUUUUAGACCUUGAAGGAUGACCUUGACCUUUUACCACGAAUUGUUUGUCAGAAACACAAUGCCCCCUACUGCGCCACUUUGAUUUAUUAAAAAAAAUAAUAAUAAUUUGGCAGGUCAGAUAAUAAUGUCCAUUUAAAGCUUAUUACUUCCCUUGGAUUUGUUUUUUCGAUUCCUAGACCUGGAAAGAUGAUGUUCACCUUGAAAUUGUACCACUCAAAAUGUGCAGCUCACUGAGAUAGAUAUGCAUGUGAAAUAUCAAGCUGCUAUCUUCAAUAUUUAAAAAGUUAUGGCCAAUGUUAAAGUUUUUUUCCGGACGGACAGACAGACAUACUGACCGACGGACAGUUCAACUGCUAUAUACCACCCUACCAGGGGCAUAAAAACCAACAAAUAUAAAUGAUUUUACGGUAUGUGUUCAUGUGCCAAAUAAAAAUGAGGUAUUUAAGACAUGCUGCAGCAUUUAUAAAUAUAAUGAAGUUUAACUUGAUACUUGUGUCUGUAUCGAGAAAUUUUAAAUAAACAUUAUGAAGAACAAACUAUGGGUGCCUACAUUUAUCCAUUAUCAAGCCUGUGCUGGCAAAAUUAAAAGCUGUGGAAUAAAAGAAGUCUUUUGUCCACAUUGUUGAUUUCAAUUUACAACUGUUCAUCAUUUUGUUAUGUACUUUUUAGUCCCCUAGCGGUGAAACCGGUGGGUCCUUAUGGUUUGCGCUCUGUGCAUCAGUCCGUCACAAUUUUCUGGAUCCUGUGAUAACUUUGAAAGUUCUUCAUAUUUUUUCAUGAAACUUGAAACAUGGACAGAAUGCAAUAUGGAGAUUAUGCACAUCAUUUCAUAUUGUUCCUACGUCAAGAUUUCUGGUUGCUAUGGCAACAAAUAGACUAGAAAUAUUGAUGAAAAUGGUGGAGUUUCACUGGUAGGGGACUGUUAUUGCUUGAGAAUAGUCUUCUGUUACAUGAUUACGUAUAUGUGAUAUAUUGUGUAUGCUAAGCACACUAUUUUGGUUAUGUUUAUUUGUUUACUCAAAAUAAUGUAUGAAAUGUAGCCUUGUUUUGGUAUACUUACUUGUAGAUUGUAAUUAUGUUGUAUUGAUUAUUGUGUUGGUAUACUUCCGAUACUUGUAUAUUGUAAUUAUGUAGUAUUGAUUGUUUAUUGUUUAGUACAUUUAAUGUUUAUUGCAUGACAUAUCGUAUAUUUUUUACUGGUUGAUUUGAUGCUAAAACCUUUUGCUGGACAUUAAAAAAGUAAUGGAAGUCUGACUGUCCUGGACAAACAAAUAUUUGAGUCAUGGUCUGGGAAAAUGGGGCUUAACGCAUUUUGGUAAGGUGCACAGGCUUAUCUGGGACGACACUUUAUGCUGUUAUGGCAUUUAUCCUUUAAAGAAAGUCUCUCCUUAGCGAAUAUGCAGAUAAGGUACAAAGUAUCGUCCCUAAAAAGCCUUUGUGGGCUGCGCAGGCUUAUCUGGGAUGACACUUUAAUCAGCAUACUGCACAGGCUAAUAUGGGAUUACACUUAACCUGCGUGCUGCACAGGCUAAUCUGGGAUUACACUUUACCCACGGGCUGCACAGGCUAAUCUGGGAUUACACUUUACCCACGGGCUGCACAGGCUAAUAUGGGAUUACACUUUAACCACGGGCUGCACAGGCUAAUAUGGGAUUACACUUUACCCACGGGCUGCACAGGCUAAUCUGGGAUUACACUUGACCCACGGGCUGCACAGGCUAAUCUGGGAUUACACUUGACCCACGGGCUGCACAGGCUAAUCUGGGAUUACACUUUACCCACGGGCUGCACAGGCUAAUCUGGGAUUACACUUUACCCACGGGCUGCACAGGCUAAUAUGGGAUUACACUUUACCCAUGGGCUGCACAGGCUAAUAUGGGAUUACACUUUACCCACGGGCUGCACAGGCUUAUCUGGGAUUACACUUUACCCACGGACGGCACAGGCUAAUCUGGGAUUACACUUUACCCACGGGCUGCACAGGCUAAUCUGGGAUUACACUUUACCCAUGGACUGCACAGGCUUAUCUGGGAUUACACUUUACCCAUGGGCUGCACAGGCUAAUCUGGGAUUACACUUUACCCAUGGACUGCACAGGCUUAUCUGGGAUUACACUUUACCCAUGGGCUGCACAGGCUAAUCUGGGAUUACACUUUUCCCAUGGACUGCACAGGCUUAUCUGGGAUUACACUUGACCCAUGGACUGCACAGGCUUAUCUGGGAUUACACUUUACCCACAUGCAUUAAGCCCCAUUUUCCCAGAGUGUGGCUCAUUUGGUUCCCAAAUGCUGAACUAAACCGGUAAAACAUCUCUCUUACUUUAAUCUAGAUUUUUUAUGCCCCAGUAGGGUGGCAUAUAUCAGUUGAACUGUCCAUCAGUCAGUUUGUCUGUCCGUCCGAAAACUUUAACAUUUUGCCAUCACUUUUGCAAUAUUGAAGAUAGCAACUUGAUUUUUGGCAUGCAUGUGUAUCUCAUGGAGCUGCACAUUUUGAGUGGUGAUAGGCCAAGGUCAUCCUUCAAGGUCAAAGGUCAAAUAUAUGGCUUCAAAGCUGCGCAGUAGGGGGCAUUGUGUUUCUGACAAACACAUCUUUUGUUUAAAUGAAGAAAUUGUAUAAAUGCUCUUUGAAUGUUCAAUUAUAGUUGUUCAACAUGCUGUCUGUUUAAGUUGUAUGGUCUUUUAUUUUGGAUUUUCAUUUCGGAAGCAGUGAAUUUAUAACAAUGAAUGAUUAGUUUUCACAGUAUAAAUACUGUUAAUUACUUCAAUUUAUAAGAUAACUUAAGAAACGUAUAUUCUAGCCGUGUACUGGUUUUGGAGUAAUCGCUCAAUAAAACAGAACUGUUUAUGUUUGUUUAUGCAAGUACAUGCACCGUAUUAUAUACACAUUUGUGUCGUGUUCUGAAAAAACUGGGCAUGUGUGUUAAGUGUCGUCCCAGAUUAGCCUGUGCAGGGACGACACUUUCCGCUUUAAUGACAUUUUUCGUUUAAAUUAAGUCUCUUCUUAGCAAAAAUCCAAUUUAGGCGGAAAGUGUCGGCCCUGAUUAGCCUGUGUGGACUGCACAGGCUAAUCUGGGACGACACUUUACGCACAGGUAUUAAGCCCAGUUUUCUCAGAACGCGGCUCAUUUAAUGGUCAUAAAAGACAACAGUAUGGUCAGGACAACUGAAAUUCUGCAUGGCAUGAGUGCAGUUAAAUUGUGGCUAAAAGUUAAUGUUGAGCCUUGCAGUUGUCAAGUGGGGAUAGCUUAGUGAGAUAGAACUAGAUCAGGCUCGCUUGAUAUGAAAACUAGGUCAGUAUGUCAUUUCUGAGAUAGAAACUGUGUCAGGGUCGCUUGAUAUGAAAACUAGGUCAGGUCACUUGUGAGAUAGAAACUAGGUCACUGUGUCGUAUUAUAUUAGAAACUAGGUCAGUAGGUCACUUGUGAGAUAGAAACUAGAUCACUAUGUCGUGUAAUGUUAGAAAUUAGGUCAGUAGGUCGCUUGUGAGAUAGAAAUUAGGUCAGUAGGUCGCUUGUGAGAUAGAAACUAGGUCAGUGGUCGCUUGAAAUGCAGUGCCAUUAGGAUUGUAUUUCCUGUACCCAGGGCAUGCAAAUGAUUACGAUUGUUUAUCUUCAACACAACUUGUUGUCAUUAAAACAAUGAUUUUUUUGGACUUGUAAUAAUGUUGCGUGAUCAAGUAUUAUAUUAUGAAAUUCAAGAGCUGAAAGAAUGUGUUUUAUUUGCAAGUAUUGUUUGUUAACAUUUUUCAAUGUUUGUUGCUGAAUAAACAUUUAUUGACUUUAUGUGUGCCAUGUUGUUUGUUAUAAAUUACUCAAAAUAGCAACCUCUACAAUUAAUGUUUUGUAUAUUCGACUACUUGAUCAAUCUGUUUAAUCAAUUAUUUGUAUGUGUUUUGAUAAUUAUAUGAGAUUUUCUUUACUUAGUACAUGUAUGCUUUUAUGUACAGUCCACAUUUGUAAGUGUUACUUAAUUUCAAUAAAAGAUGGCAUAACAAA